GUUACAGCACAGCCUUGCAUGGAUGGUAAAGAGAAGGAGAUACCUGUGUUCUCACUUUUUUAAAAACGUGUUUCCCCUCCUCGCAGAUCACGUCCAUUUUACGCACCAGACCAAAAAAAGUUUCCAGUGACUUCUAAAACGCGCUGGUGUUGGGAUGGUUGCUUUCCCCCGGCGACGGAGCGCGUUAAUGGGAUUCCCCUCCCCGCUGCAUCACCUGAGGGCGGCGGGACAGUGAGUUUGGAGGCUGAUGGACGACAUGUCUCCACAGCAGCAGCAGGACAUCACACGGCGGAUGAAGUCUCAGAGUUAUCGGCGGCAGUCUGCCCCGUCUCUGGUCCUCUCCAAGGCUCUCAUCAGGUCCAAGACUAUCUCCAGAGACAGCUUCCUGGUUCCUGUGUGUCCUGAGAGCUGCUCAUUGGUCCAGUCCCUCCUCUCCGGCUCUGAUAGGUCCUUCCUUCUCCACGGACAUGCUCAGCUGAAGACAGGGAUGCAGACUCAGGACAGACACCUCUUCCUGUUCAGCGACAUGAUGGUGAUCGCCAAAGCCAAAUCAGCCAAUCACUUCAAGCAGAAGGCGCAGGUGUGUGUGUGUGAGAUGUGGACGGCAGGCUGCAUGGACGAGGUGUGUGAGGGGAGCACCAAUCCAGAGAGGAGCUUUGUCAUGGGCUGGCCCACCUGUAACUGUGUGGCCAUGUUUAGCUCAGCAGAACAGAAGGAGAGGUGGCUCUCCCUUCUCAAAAGUCGGAUAAAAGAAGAGAAGGAGAAGGAAGAACCUAAAACCAUUCCUCUGAGGGUCUACGGGAAGGGCAUCAAUACCUUUGCUAUUACCAAGACGCUUCCUGUCAGCAACUCUGAUUCAGCCAAUGAGGUGAUCCGCCUGGCCCUGCAGCAGUUUGGCAUCAUAGGAAAUGUGAAAGACUUCCAGCUGUGGGUCAUCUCCAAGAGGGACAACGCCCCCUAUCCUCUGAUAGGUCAUGAGUUUCCCUUCAGUAUCCAGAUGAGUCAUGUGAGACCGGGGGUGUCUCAGGGUGGGGGAGGCAAGGCCGCAGACAGACAGGUGGAGCAGAUGCAGGUGUACAAGCAGUGCCAGUUCAUUAUGAAGCCUCGACUCGUGGAAACACAGCGUGAACCUACAGAUUGGUCUCAGAAGCCGUUUAAAAGGAGGCGCUCCCUCAUCACCUGGGCUUUCUGGCGAGGCUCUUCCCCUCACCUGAACGAGCUGUCCCUCGCCAGCGGGCCCCGCGGCAUCCUGUUCUCCCAGCCGCUGAGCGCCGUCUGCGUGGAGGACGCUCUGCCGAAACCUGUGAUGGACAUGAUGGCGUUCCUGUACCACGAGGGUUCGUGGACGCGGGGAUUUCCGGCGGCCGCGGGGGCUCGGGCCGUCCGGGAGCUUCGCGACUCACUGGACAGCGGAGAGGUUCAUCUUCCUCUGACACGAGACCACGUCUUCCUCAUCGCCGGAGUCUUCAAAGAUUUCUUGCGCAGCAUCCCGAGCAGCUUGUUGUGUUGUGAGCUGCAUGAAGAGUGGAUGGACGUGCUGGAAGAAGAGGAGGAGGAGGAGGAGCAGUUACAGGAUGUAAAGAGGAUGAUUUCACGGCUUCCCAGAGAAAACGGCCUGCUGCUCCGCUACCUGUUAGCCAUGCUGCGCGGCAUCCAGGGCAACGCCGAGGAAAACCAGAUGACCAGCUUCAAUUUGUCCGUGUGCAUCGCUCCCAGCAUGCUCUGGGCUCCUGGAGCGCCAUGCAGCCCUGAGGUGGAGGGAGAGGGAACCAAGAGGGUUUGUGAGCUGGUGAAGUUCAUGAUCGAGCACUGUCAGCUGAUUUUGGGAGAGGAUCCCUGCUCCCUGUUCGGAGGGCCGCCACAAAGACUCACUGACGAGAUGGGAUCAGAGUCGUGGCUGUACCCUCUGACGGACUCGUCCUACGACAGUCUGGAGAACGAGCUGGACGUCAGCGGCUCGCCGGGUUUCUGCAGCCCACGGCGCAGCAGAGCCAAACCUCUACAAGGCAGCCUGGACUCCAUCCUCACGCUCAGCGACUGUGAGCCGGACACAGACCCGGAUUCACUGCAGGCCAACACUGAAAGCCUGCAGGGGCUGAAGCUACACCUGCAGGGGAGAACCAGCGGCAGGAGGCAGGAUGCAGACUUCUCAAGCUCCACCCAGGAUGCACCGACCCUGGACUCUGUGUCCCUGCAAAGACCGCGGCGCUGCUCAGAGCCUGCGAUAAAAUAUGUGGCUAAGUUUCGCCCGUGUGUGUCCGGGAGAAGUGAUGGUCUCCAUGGUAAGGAGGCAGAAGAUGAGCUGGCGUUGACCCUGAGGUCAGCAGCUUUGAGGUCCCCCAGCCUCUCUUCCAGCCCAAACUCCCCCACAGCUACCCGCUCCUCCCUGGACUCUCUCGACUCAGACAUCAGUGAUCACACCUGGGCCACCCGACGAGGGCUUCACCCAAUCAAGACCCAGCUCCCUCCCAGCUACCCCCCUGUCUCUGCUCCCUCCUCUAUAAGCCCUGCUCUGCCCUCUAGUGGACAUCCAGGCUCCCCACCCAAGGAGGCACUCAACUGGGGCACCUUAAAAGGAUGCAGGGGCCUCCACCCAAACUCUUGGCUGAAGAAAGGCCGGAAGCUGUCCCUGACCCAACAAGAGAACGCAGAGAAGGAGGAAGAGGACAAGACUGGAGCAGGACCCACUAGGAAAGCAGAGAAAGGAAAAGCGGGGGAAAAGGGAGCAGGGAAUCUGAUCUCCAUCAGUCAACCCAAGCCCAAAACAUCCUGCAGAGCCUCCAAAGAUGCAGGAGGAGGGAGCCAUUCAAAGGGGAGACGUGGCUCUCGCAGCCCACCUGCCCACCACCGCUCCACAGGGAGCCUGCACAUCCCCUCAAACUCCCCCUGGAUCCACUCCUCAGACUCCCCGCUAACCACCCUCAGCAGCCCAGCAGAGAGCGAGCUGAAGCAACCAUCUCCAUCUUUAUUCUCCAAUUUUAAGUAA